GAGGGCUUCCUCAGAGAUCUCGCGAGAAGAGGCGCGGAUUGGCAGGCAGUAUGGAGGCGCCGCGGGCCGCGAUUCCUGUCGGGUUUCCCACCGUGCUGGCGGACACGGACUGGUCGGAGCCCUGGCUGCUGGGGCUCGCCGCCUUCCACGGCCUCUGCCUGCUGCUCACGUGUGUCUCCUUCCAGCGCCGCCGCCUGCAGCUCGGACACUUCCUCUGCAUGGUGGUCCUGGUCUAUUGUGCUGAAUAUAUCAAUGAACUGGCUGCCAUGAAUUGGAGGUUAUUUUCAAAACACCAGUAUUUUGAUUCAAGAGGGAUGUUUAUUUCUCUAGUGUUUUCAGCACCUUUGUUGUUGAAUGCUAUAAUAAUUGUGAUUUCCUGGGUUUAUAAAACAUUGAAUGUAAUGACAGAAUUGAAGACACUGCAGCAGAAAAGAAAGGCAGAGAAAGAAGAGAGAGAGAAAAUUGAAUAAAAUGUAAUAUUAUUUUUAUGUUCUUAAUUUUCAUAAAAUCCUUUAUUUAAUCAUUCCUUCUGUCUGUCAUUCAGUUGAAAGCUGAAGUAUAUCCUAACACUUCUAAUUGGUACUCUGUGCCUGAAGGACUAGGAUUUUGUACCUUCAUGGUCUUAUCCAUCUUUCAGUUGUAAUCAUAAUUGUUUACAAAGUAUCUGAAUUUGACCAGAAUAUACCACUUCGUUUUGUGCUGGCCAGUAUCGUUAUCUCUGUUAUGGCAAACUUUUAAGUCAUAUGGUCAAUUAUCUUUUCUCUAUAUAAGUCCUACGUACCUACUAUUUAAUAAUCUAUUCAUUAAAGACAUAGUUCAAGUCAAUUGGAACUGUUUGUUACUGUAUUCAGGCGGUGCAAAGUUUUAACCAAAAUACCUCAGUAAUCUACCUUUUGUCCAAACCCGUCUGUUUUCUGUGAGUUGAGAUUUUGAAAUCCAUGUUGAAAAACAACUGGAAAUAAUCUGGGAUCUUAGACAUCCCGUGCAUAUUGUAUAUUAAGAAGUAAAUUUUUAUAGAGGACCCAGUAGAUAAGUAAAACGAUUUUUUUUUUUUUAUUUCCUAAAUCACAAAUACUGAAUAACAUAGACCUAGAUCAAGCUGGAUUAUUUACUUUUUUGCACAUGGUUAUCUGUUUUGAUAAACUUGUAAACUCAACUAAUUUGUUUUAAAUACCUGAAAAUGCCAAUUUUAUACUGGAAAAAGAAAUGGAAUGCUUUCACUACAAUUCAUGUGUGUAUAGGCUUCUCUUGAAGUUAAGGGAUUUAGGAUGGAAGGUGAAAAGGGAACUGUUUUAAUGCUGGGUUUUUUUUCGUUAUCUCUCAUUUUAUUAAGUGACUUUUUAAUAAUAUAUUUAUUAAAUUAUACUUUUUUCCUCUU